GUACUGUGGGGAGCAAAACUGAAACGGCUGCUGUGGAAUUUUCCCUCUUGUUUGCUGCGAAGAGGGCGCAGUGUAAAUUUUCAAUUAUUGUUAUUACUUUGUUAAUGCGAUGAUAUGUGUUCCAUAACCAUAGAAAAAAAGGGUGCCCGCCUUGCUGGGAUUCAUUCACCAACACGGUUUUCAAUGGCGGUUGCAGCAUUGCAGCUACCGGGGAGAAUGAGAAUCUGUAGCACGGCACUAGCAGGCUACCACCAAGGAACAAGGCCAAGGUCUCAUCUGUGAAAUAUUAAGGUUACUUUGCAGGGAGAUGAGGCCCAUCCCGAGACAUGACAGAUGGAUGGAUGGAUGGGGAGCUAGCUAGGCGCACUGCGUGGAUUGCUAAUAUUACUUACUCGUACUAAAAAACAAUUAGAGGACGUUUCUCUCUUGUCUGCACCUAAUGAUCUAUCCUGUGACCUUGUUGCGCCAUUUGAUUACAACAGGUAUCUACACACUUGCGGCAUUUACUAUUAUAUAUCCUCCUAUACGUACGUAUGUUGUUGUGAAACUGAUCAACUAAUUUGCUUCUGCUCAGCCUGCAGAUUAAACCACGCCACCCCACCGGCUCCCAAAUCUAAUGCUUGCCGCAUGUGAAGAUCAUAUCGAUCAUUACAUUUAUCUCUGCUCUGGGCAAAUUGGAUGGACGGCGCAUACCUAUAUUAGAUUAAAUCGCAACAAGGUAGCACCUACCAAUACCAAUUAAACGGUCUCUUGAGCUGCUAGCUAGCUAGCUACUGAUCAUGCAUGUGUCUUGUAGCCUUGUACAAGAGCAAGGCUCCACGUGGAUGGCCAAGUAAACAAAAGAGGUUUAGCAGCACACCACCCCAAGUGAUUGAUUAGCCAGAAGCAUUACUAUAUAUCUGCACAAAUUGCACUCCACCACACCAUCCAUGGCAAUGGCAUCUUCCUUCCUUUCUCCCCUCCUGAAAAAUACAUCAUGAACAACUAGUCUCUCUGCUCACCAGGCAACCUAGCUAAUCUAGCUGAUUACUCUUUUGAUUGCUCCUGUCCUCUACUGAUAUGCUGCUAGCUUAGCUUUGUUAAUUAUAUGCCAAUAUGUACUAUGCAACCCUCUGAGCAGAAGCCCACAUACACACACCGCCUUCCUCACUCUCUCUAAUUGAGUAGAGCUGUAGUAGCCCUGCCCACGCCCAGUGGGAGGCGGAGCACCAUAGCCACAGCCUCUGCCUCUUGUGCAUCGUCCUGUUCGAUUCCUUCUCCUUGAGAUCAGACUAAAACCAGCCAUGGUCAAGAAGCUUGGCCUCACGUCUCUCAUCUUCAGCAGCAAGCAGGUGGACAGUGCUGCUAGUGCCAGUGGCGCUGCACCUUCCUCCGUGGCCUCGUCUUCCUCCAUGUCUGCCACCUCGUGGCAAUGGCCGUCCUGCAAGCAGCCAAGGACCCUCUCCUUCAGGCAGCAGCAGCACCAAGAGCAGCACCAGACGGCGUACAAGACCAUGAACUCGGCCUACUUGCCCGACUCCGGCGCCGACUCGUGCUUCUCCAACUCCUUCGCCUCGGUCGACGACAGCCUCUCCACGGCGUCCGAGGCCGCCUCCGGGCUCGUUGAGGCCAACGAGCGAGAGACGGUCAUCCGCGCCCUGCGCUCCGGCCGCCUCUUCUUCGAGCCCCACGCAACGCCGGCCACCUCCUCCUCCAUUCUCGACGAGGCCAAGCUGAAGGUGAAGGACAGCGACACUACCACCGUUACCACCUGCUGCGGCAGCAGGAAGGUCGACAAGACGGUGGCGUUCGAGGGAGCGACGGCGGUGACCAUGGACUCGUCGAACCCGUACCGCGACUUCCGGGCGUCCAUGGAGGAGAUGGUAAUGAGCCAUGGCGUCAAGGACUGGUGCUGGAUGGAGAUGAUGCUGGGGUGGUACCUCAGGGCCAACGGCAAGAGCACCCACGGCCUCAUCGUCGGCGCCUUCGUCGACCUGCUCGUCGCGCUCAGCGACACCGCCUCGCCGUCCUCCCCGACCACCGCCACAACCAACGGCUCCUCCUCCUUCAGCGGCAGCGACGAGAUCAAGGAGGAAGAAGGAUGAACCGAGCUCAACUGGUACAUAUGAUUAUGAUUAGUUUUCCCUUGCUGCCAUGAUUCGCGUCAAGUGCUGUUAAUUCCCAGCCGGAUGCGGUGCAGCUUGAUCAAGCGUGAGGUUAGCAGUAUUGAUUCCAUUUAUUUACCUUUUGCGAAGCUACUGGCUAGCUAUUGUGUGUUUGCCUGUCAGUCUGCGCGCGUGCAUGCCUACCUAACUGAUUGUUUGCUAGCUAGGUGAGUACGUACUAUAUUUGAAUUUGUGUGCACAGCCCGGAUAUUACGUAUGAGAAAAUCAAAUGAAAUGAAAAAAAAAUGUAAAUAUGUAUAGCGUGUGUGUUGUCUGCAAGCAUGUUUGGGACGCGAGAAUUUUCACCGAAAUUUGGUCUUCUUUCUCAGAAACAGUUCAGUUACCACAAGAAA